AUGGACGAACCAGUGGAGCACACCCGGUUGUCAUACCAGGAAAGUAUGGAACUCCUCUGGCUUGACGAGAACGCGAAAAGUGGCAAACAAACAAUGAUGAGUCGCCAGCCAGCUUGGUACCCUGGCAAGAAUGCUCCUUGGGAAUCAAUGAGAGGGAGCUCCGACGAGAAGAAGUUCUUUGGUCGUGGGGCGUUCGGAGGGCAUGUGUUUGCCCAAGCACCACUGGCAGCUUCCAGGGCCGUGGAAAAAGAUGACGUUCAGACACCAGCAAAAGAUAGACUGGGUAUUCACUCUAUCCAUGGUGUUUUCACCAACCCCGGCUUCAUAGAUCGCCCAUUCAUCUAUGAAGUCGCCAAAGUUUCCUCUAGUCGCUCAUUCUCAACUCACACAAUCAAUGUGAGGCAACCCAAGGAGCCCUCAGGCAUCCCGAACGGGCCCUAUCCCCCGUCGGAUGCCCAGCUCCCACUGGGAGAUGUCUGCUUCACCUGCGUCACUACGUUCAAGCGACCCCUUACUGGUCCGUCAGAUGUUCAAGACGAAACACCUCCGCAAAACCGAUUCGCAAGCAUCCUAGAGUCUCGAGCACCGGACGAAUGGGAAGCGAGCCCCCAGGCUGACGUUGAUCUGCUACGCGAGACUUUCCCCGUCAAAGGCCAUGUCAGCUUUCCGAUUCUUGACAUGUACAAAGUUGACAUGACGGAAUUUAACAAGGACAAAGCUCUUUCUGAUCGUCGACAGCUUAUCUUAUACCGUCUCUACAAGCCCCUGCCAGCAGAGGAUGUCAACGCACAUAUCACUUGCCAUGCCUAUGAAGCGGAUCGUAAUGGAUUCAUCAUGCUGGGGAAUCACCUUGGAUAUGGCUAUAACAUGGGCCCAAUUGCAAGUUUGAGUUACUCAUUCUACGUCCAUGUGAACGCAGAGGAGGCGGUUAUGCGAGGGGGCGGAUGGUGGAUUCAAGAGAAGGAAUACAUGUGGCGAGCGGUUAUCAAGAUGGGAUAUGUCUGCCGGCCAGAAGCACCGGGAAAGCUAGAAUAUGAGGACUGGUAA